GGAGAAGAAGAAAAGCCUUUUGUUGUGGUCUUGUCAACUUAACGCGAUGGAUGAAGAAAACUUGCCUAUCGAUGUGGUGAAGGUGAAAGUGAAAGAGGAAAGUGAAGAACUGAAUGAAGAGGAGGAGGAACAUCAGUAUCACGAACCUCAUGAUUUCAUCGAUGGAGAAAACUGCUUUAGUUGCUCACAGAAAACAGGACCUAAAACGCUUUUCAUCUGCUCUGAGUGUGGAAAGAGUCUGACACAAAAAGCACACCUUCAGGAUCACAUGAGAAUUCACACGGGAGAGAGACCUUUCAAAUGUCCUCAGUGUGGAAAGAGUUUCAGACAAAAAUCAAACUUCAGGGAUCACAUGAAAAUUCACACCGGAGAGAAACCGUACUCUUGCCCUCAGUGCGGAAAGUGUUUCGUCCAAAAAGGGCAGCUUAUUAAUCACAUGAGGAUUCACUCCGGAGAGAAGCCUUUCACGUGCUCUCAGUGCGGGAAGGGUUUCACGCAAAAAGGACAGCUCAAGAAUCACUCAAGAAUUCAUUCUGGAGAGAGGCCUUACAUUUGCCCGCAGUGUGGAAAGAGUUUCACAUGCAAAGGAAGUCUGAAGGAUCACUUAAGAGUUCACACCGGAGAGAAGGCUUUCACAUGCCCGCAGUGUGGAAAGAGCUUCACACGGAAUGAUAUCCUCAAGAAUCAUUUGAGAAUUCAUUCUGGGGAGAAGCCUUUCACGUGCCUUCAGUGCGACAAGAGUUUCUCGAAAGCAACGAACCUCAGAGUUCAUUUGAAGUGUCACUCUGAAGUAAGGCCAUUUAACUGCGACCAGUGUGCAAAACAAUUUAUUUCAGCAUUUCAACUGAGAAGACACGUGAAAAUUCAUGUCAAUAAGAAACCUUACUCGUGCUCUUUUUGUGGGAAGAGUUUUUCCCUGAUUGAAUAUUUGAAAAAGCACCAAAAAAUGCAUAAUGGUGUGAAAGCUCACGUGUGCUCGGAGUGUGGAAAAACCUUUUCUACCACCAGCUUUUUGAAAGAGCACCAAAGAAUCCAUUCUGGCGAAAAACCUUUCAAUUGUGCACAUUGCGGAAGCAGUUUUACUCAUUCAAGUUCCUUGAAAAGACAUGAGAGAACGCAUACUGGAGAGAAGCCGUACCACUGCCCUCGAUGUGGAAAGAGUUUCAUUGCAUCAGAUUCCCUACAGAAACAUAGGAAAAAAUGUUGCCAAAAAUUGUCACAGUGAGCAAACUAUCAUCCACAGGUCCAGUGCAUAGAAAUAAAUGGCAGGGCUCCCAACUGUGAUUAAGUGAUCAAGUUUUGAUUAUGUUUACUGGUGGAUUUGACAUUGUCUGUUGCAAAUGGAAAGUCAAACACAACAAAAUUGGGAACCACACAUCACGGACACGCUAUCUGCCUGGCAUGAUCAACUUGAUCGUGGGUUUAUUUAUUUUCGUAACUCACUGGAUAGCGUGGCCCAGACCCUUUUCGACCAUGCAGCGAUGACAACAUGAACAGCACUGCAGAAAGUGAAGUCAAAUAUAUAUUCUGCCCAGACGUCUCUUAUUACAGAGCCCUGUGGAAGUCAAACAUCCCCAAUGGCUCAAUGCUUCAGCUAGCAGAAACCGAAUUAAACAGUACCAUUCUAAGAAGUAUUGACGAGGAAAGCAUGACAUAAUGUAAACUUGACUGCAGUAACUGUAUUAACUGCUGUAUUUCGUCUGUUCUGUUCUAAGAUCCUGCUCUAACGAUGAUUACAUCAUAUUCCAUAUAAGGGCUUUCAGCACCACCGCACCUUUGUAAAUAUGUAGAGAAAGACAAAAUUGAAGCAAAAGGCAAAAAUAUACAUAUAUUUUUUUUUAUAUGCAUGUAAACUCAAUAAAAUGUCAUUUUUUACCUGUUUUUUGCAAGUUUAUGACCCUCAUUUUUCAUUUGUAAUACCG